CGAAGUGCAUGACGAGAAUGACCUCGUGGUUCAUCACCACCAUCACUGGACGGAGGAGCGACCUGAGUGGGGAUUGGAAAAAAACGAGAAAUAUACGGAACAAGCGAACGUGUUGGACGAGGUAUAUCUUCCAUCGCGGACGAGUCUUCGGGAUCAGUCGAGUAAACCGCGUCAACCAAGGCUGAUCAAGGAUGCCAGCGAGUUUGCCGGUCGCCUCAUCGUCGUCACUGUUUGUGUUGGUGUCGAUCCUGUCACUGAUAGACGGACAGCACAUCGGAGAGUCAUGUGUGAUCGACAAUUCCCCGGGACAGUGCAGGCUUAUAGAAGAUUGCCCUAAAGUUUACGAGGAAUUGUUAGCCGGCAUAGCGCCCACUGCGACCUGUGGAUUUGAACACUUCGACCCGGUGGUAUGUUGCCCAACGACAAAUCGCGGCUCCACUAACAAUAAGCCGACGUCGACGCCACCACCACAGACUCCCGUGCACGACAAUUCAGUACGACCUUUGAAAUUGGAUGGUUCAAGGGGAUCUCUCGCGCGAGCAAAAUGCGCGGAAAGCGCAGAGGCUGUCUACGGUUUCGUGCUACCACCGACGCCAACAGUGGACCGACAGCCCGUCAACACGUCGCUAUGUGCCCUGACAACUCGCAAACUAAUCGUCGGCGGCAAGAAAGCCGAGGGGAAAGAAUUCCCGCAUAUGGCGGCCGUCGGUUUCGAUGGUGCCAAUGAUAUCUUGUGGCUAUGCGGUGGUAGCUUAAUUUCCUCCAAGAUCGUUCUAACAGCGGCCCACUGUACGUGGACAAGCGACUGGGGAAGUGCUAAGUGGGUACGACUUGGGGAUCUGAACCUCGCGCAGACGACUGACAACGCGAUGCCGCAGACUAUAGCAAUCAAGGAGAGAAUAAGGCAUCCUGACUACAAACGCCCGUCGGAAUAUCAUGACAUAGCUAUACUCCGCCUGGAGAAGAAAGUUACCUACGACGCGUUUGUCAGGCCAGCGUGUCUCCCGGUUGAUUGGCCAGACGUAGGUCAGGAUAAUAAGGCAGUAGCUACCGGAUGGGGUCUAGUCGACUGGUCUGAUGACAAGGGCUCGGAUAAUCUACUAAAGGUGACACUCAAUUUGGUCUCGCACGAAGCUUGCAACGAGAGUUUCUACGACGGCGGCAGUUCCACGGAGCUCGCAUUAGGAAUCGUCAAUGAAUGGCAAAUAUGCGCGGGAGAAGUCGGGAAAGAUACCUGCCAGGGUGACAGUGGAGGACCACUCGCCGUCUUCAACACAGACCACGACUGCAUGUACACCAUAAUAGGAGUCACUAGUCUGGGACGAUUCUGUGGCAGCAUCAUACCUGGCGUGUACACCCGUGUCUACCAUUACAUCCCCUGGAUAGAGAGAACUGCGUGGCCUGAAUACUUUGAAACACCUUCCUAACCCACUUUAAAUGUAUCCAUUUUCUUAAGUAUCAAAUACACUCCGUUUUUAUACACAA